AUGUCGAAGUUUUUGAGUGUGCCGUUGAAGAAGCCAUCGGAGGUGGACAUUGUGAAGCCGCUGAACAAUCUCAUCCAAAGCACCUACAAUGGUGCCUCGGAGGCGGAGAAGGCGAAAUAUUCGGAGGCUGUAAAUGAGUUUGCGAAACAACGCAAUACGGCGAUUUGGAAAUUCUUUGAGAAAUACGAGGCCUCUCUGGAGGUUGUCUAUGCCUAUUACGAUCAGAUCUGCGCUUUGGAGACAAAGAUAUCGGUCAGCGAAUUGCAGAUCCCCUUCAAGUGGAAAGAUGCCUUCGACAAGGGCUCCAUCUUCGGUGGCAAAAUCAGCCUCACUCACACAUCGUUGCUGUACGAGAAGGUCUGUGUGCUCUUCAAUAUUGCGGCCCUGCAGAGCAGCAUUGCCGCCAGCCAGCAGCUGGACAACGAUGAGGGCCUCAAGAUGGCCAUCAAACUGCUGCAGCAGAGUGCGGGGAUAUUUCAGUACUUGAAGGGAGCCACGCCGGCCGCAGUGCCAUCGGAGCCGACGCCCGAUAUCAGCCAGGACACACUCGUAGUGAUGCAGGCCCUGAUGGUGGCCCAGGCGCAGGAGGUGUUUAUCCUUAAGGCCAUCAAAGAUAACAUGAACAAUCUGAUCAUAGCGAAGCUAUGCUGCCAGGGCGAGGAGUUCUAUGCGGAUGUUCUGCGCGCCAUGCAAAAGGAGUCGGUGCGCAGUCUGUGGGAGAAGGAGUGGAUACCCACGGUGGCCGGCAAGCAGGCUGGAUUCCAUGCUUUGACACAGCUUUACCAGAGUCUCGUCUGUCGUGCGGCCAAGAAGAUUGGGGAAGAGAUCGCUCGUCUGCGCAACGCCAUCGAUCUGUUCAAGGCGGCACAGUCGCGGGGCGGCAACGAGACCUACCUGGACGAGUACUUCAGUCGCGCCAAGCGCCACCUGGCCGAGUCCACCAAGGACAACGAGUUCAUUUACAAUGAGAUGAUACCAGAGCUGAGCACGCUCGCCUCUCCGGGCAAAGCACAGCUGGCAAAGCCCCUGGGCAUUGCCUCUCCCAUGGCAUCCAAUUUCCGAGACAUCUUCACCAACCUCGUGCCCGUGGAAUUGCAUCGUGCCCUGACCGCUUCGGAUAUGCGCAAGAAUGAGAUUGUCAAUGUGGAGAUAAUGAAGCUCCGUGAGUCCACCCAGACGCUGAAUGCUGUGCUGGCGAGCCUAAACCUUCCGGCGGCUGUGGAGACAGCCGAUAGCAACAGCGGUCUGCCGCCAUCCCUGAAGGAGAAGGCGGUCGAGGUGCGCCAAAAGGGAGGUGUCGAAAAUGUCAAGACAAUGCUGAAGGAACUGCCUGAUCUACUCAAUCGUAAUCGCGAGAUUCUGGACGAAACGGAGCGGCUGCUCGACGAGGAGCGCGACUCGGAUAAUCAGCUCCGGGCACAGUUCAAAGAGCGCUGGACACGCAUCAGUUCCGAUAAGCUUACGGAGAUGUUCCGCACCAAUGCGAAGAAGUAUCGCGAGGUCAUCAACAAUGCCAUCGAGGCCGAUAAGGUUGUGCGCCAGAAGUUCGAAUCCAAUCAGAAUGGCAUCCAGCUGCUUUCUAUGUCCCCGGAGGAGAUCCAGCAAUCGCUGCCUUCGGCCAGCGGCAGCGUGGAUCCAAACUGCUCCAGCGUGCAGCGGCUCAAGCAGCUGAUGGAGGAUGUGGAGACCAUCAAAGCCGAGCGCGAUGCCAUCGAGUCGGAGCUCAAGUCGGCCACGUUCGACAUGAAGAACGAGUUCUUGCUUGCUCUGCAGAAGGAUGGGGCUAUCGACGAGCCCGCCCUGUCGUUGUCGCGCAUUGGCCAGGUCCUGAAUCCUUUGCAGCAGCAGGUGAGGGAGAGCGUCGACCGUCAGCAGUCCCUGGUGGCAGACAUUCAGAGCGCCCAUGGAGCAUUUGUCUCGGAGACUGGAAGCUGUGGCAGCUCGCGCGACACCCUCUACCAGGAACUGGCCACGGCCUACGAUAGCUACAUUGAGCUAUCCGGCAAUCUCCAGGAGGGAACUAAAUUCUACAACGACCUCACCCAGCUGCUGGUCGUAUUCCAGAACAAGAUCUCCGACUUUGUGUUUGCCCGCAAAACGGAAAAGGAGGAGCUCAUGAAGGACCUAACCACAGCGUCGAGCCGACAAGCUUGCCCGGCCACGCCCUCUCUGCCCUCGCACUAUGCCUCCACCUCGGGCAGUGGCAGCGACAUUCCAUCCAAUCCAGCUGGUUCUGCUCCCAGCGUACCGGCUGCGGCAGCUGCUGCCAAUAUGCCGUAUCCUUCCCAGGUACAUGGCAUGCCAGUGCCAUAUGGCGCCCAGCCAGGAAUGCCAUAUCCAGCGUAUGUUUCGCCACCGAUGCCCCAGAGCUUCAAUCCAUACGCCACGCUCCCAUAUCCUGGCAAUUUUCAGUAUCCGGGGGGAUAUCCACAAGGACCACCACCUGGGCACUAUGGCACCUAUCCUGGCAGUUAUGCUCCCCAACAGCAAGGCGGCUAUCCCAACCAGAAGCCACCAGGAUGGUAAACCGCAUCCAACCCGUAUUUAUACCCACACUGUGGUUUAACCAAGGUCUCUUCGAUGAGUCCCGGAUCGUAGAGAAGCGGCGAUUGGUGGUCAUGGCAUUUAAUGCUCUUUGUUCUGUUUCUGUUCCGGCGUUCGUUCGUUUGCUUGCAAUUGUAUCAUACAUGUUGAUGGCUUCUUGGAUUUUAAUCUCAUAUAUGCAACAAAUUAUCACGUAUCACAAUAAAAGUUUUUAGUGCUAUUA